CAUGUACAUGGUAGCUCGGGAACGUCGUGCGUCGCGUCUUUUUCCGCGGUUUAAGCGAUGGCCCGCCAUUUUAUUCUCGAAAGUUGCCUGCACUACAUCGUCGGCAAGAUCAUCGGAACGCUGAACUUUUCCUGGUAACCUUAUUAAUCGUGAAAAAAACGCACAUUAUUUAACGUUCGUACGUCGGGUCACACAGCCAGUGUCUUCCACGGCUUGUUUUGUUUGUGCCACAGAGUUCUACGACUAAUGUAUGAUGAACCCAUCGCAUGUACCACCUGUAGCAGCGCCCAUGGAUGUGUGGCUGAGAUGAAUCCCUCCCAAGUACCAUCUCUAUCAGUAUCAGCGCCCCAAGGAAGUGAAAGUAUCAAAGUGAGAGCAAUGCAGAAAAAAAAGAGGAGGAAGUAUCUGACAACUCCAGGGCAAAGGAAGAGGAAGAUGAAGCACGUAACAAAUAUGCGGGAGCGACGCAGAAACUUGCAAUUCUCCCUCACAACAAAAAAUCCAUCAAUUCACAUCGCAUCACCUGAGGAUGAAGCACAUCUCAAUCAAACAGAGGGGUCUGGCCCAAGCACCGAACCAAUCCACCAUGCAAACCACAUUGCAUCACAGGAGGCUGCACCUGAGGAUGCAGCACAUCUUAUUCAAUCAGAGAAAAUCAUCGUGACUGACAGUUCAGUUGCAAGCUGCCAUCGUGCAACAGAAGGGCCGGUGAACAUGGUUUCCAUUUUGAAACCACAAGCAGCAGGCGUCUCUGCCGAGCCUCUCAUCAACCUAAUCUGUGCAGACGAAGAGCUGUCUGAGAGUCAGCAAAAGGUCUACGCAGAAUGGGAUAAACAAGUGAAGGAGUACGAUGACCUUAUGAAGAAGCACAAAGAGGAAGAAGAAAAAUACCAGAAAGCUGUCAAAGCUGUUGACACUAGAGUCGGCUUGAAGGAUUCCGAGCACCAAGUUGCAAACGGUCCCACCAAGUUUCUGAGAGCAGUACCUACUUCAACCUCCACAGUGUCUAAUCAAAGUAAAUCGGUUGUGAAUAACAGCUUCCGCGGAAGAGUUAUACCAAGUGUAUCAACGGUUCCGAAUCCAUUACUUCAGAGGACCAACACUCUCCAGACUGCAAGAACCCCUGUGAAUGGAAGGCAACAGCUAGCAUAUGGGGGAAACCAACUCACAGGUAGACAGCAGAUCACAACAACAACAUCAUCUGGGAUCAAGAUGACGUUGAGUGCAUCACAGCAAACAAACAGACUGCCAGGUGUCAUGCGUCCAGGUUCAUAUGUGAUACAUAAUGGCAUUGCUCAAGCAACAACCAAAGUUGUUCAACCUGGGGUGACUGUGAAUAAUCAGCAGCGGGUUGUUAACAUUCCUACCGAUAGCCUCCAAACUUACAUGAAACAGUCAAUUCAGAAUGUUUCAGCUCCUAUUCAACGUCAACCUGCCACACAGAAUGUCUCAAGAGGGGUCAAAAGACCAGCUGAAGUCACUCUCACUGCUCUGACUGCUGAAACCAAACGCCCAAAGCGACAGUGGAUUCCAAGGAUCUACUUGUAUUAUCCUAUGAAGAAAGGAAACUUGGUGCAAACUGAGGAUGCUUCAAAGCGCUUCAAGAUCAAGUGUUUCCAUUGCGAGGAAACUAUGGCUAGCAAUGUGCAGUAUGCUACACAUGUCAAGAAGAUUGCAGAGAACUUGUGGGCAAACAAGACAUCGCUUGCUUCUAUGGUUGUGUGCCCCAAGUGCUUCAAACGUUUCCGUACCCCAUUUGAAAUGCAGGAACACCUUGAACGCUCUCACAUGAAGGGAUCAAUGUACCAAUGUUUCACUUGUGACCUGUCCUUCAGUAACAUUUCCAUGCUGCUGAAGCAUAUGAACAUGUUCCAUAGUGUUGCACAGAUGCCUUUUUGCUGCCGCAUCUGUCAGUACCGUACCUCUGCCUACGCUGAUAUAAUUGAGCACUUCUCUCUGAAACAUGAAGGAUACAAGGCUCUCAUGUGUCCGUACUGCCUGAAGAUGCUCCGUUGUAGCAAGACUUUUCUCCAACAUUGUCAGAGACACAUCCAGUUGGCAAUGCGAGCAACAGGUUCCGGCGUAUAUCCUUGCAAGAAUUGUAAGCUGUCCUUUUUGUCAACGAUUGAACGCAACGAGCAUCUAGAUAAAGAUCACAGGAAGUAUGAUUAUAAAGACAGAGACGGGGUGCCAAGGUAUGUGCGUGAUACUCUGAAAUCUCUUGAGAUCAUGGCUUCUGCUGGAGUCACCAACUUACCACCAACACAUACAAUCAGUCCAAAGAAAGUUGAAAUCAAGUAUGGCUUCACUCAGCAGGCUUCACUCAACAAGAAACUAGCUUGUAUGGAGUGUGGUCUUCUCUUUCCAAUUUUGGCAGUCAUUUUACAAUCCAGCUGCGUUGUGACAAGUGUCCCUAUUCGUCGUACUGCCCCAGAUCUGUCAGCAACCACAUGAUUCUCUUCCACAAGAUAGGUCGGGAUCCACCCAAACUUGGUAUAGUUUCUAAAAAGAAGAAUCACGAUGGCACAAUCACCCUGACAUGUAAAACCUGCAACUACCAAACCAAAGCUCCUACUCAUAUGGCGCACCAUCGUGCUAAGAAGUGUGUCAAGAGAACGCCUAUGGAGUGGAUAUCCUACCUAAAUGUACCCAACACCAAGAAGAAUGAAAGGGGCGGUUCUAAGCUGGUAGAUGUGAUUGUUCUGGACUCUGAUGAGGACUGAUAAUUGGUCAGGUACACUGUACAGUUUGUUCUUGUGGGUUGACCUCUACAGGAUGCUACAUGAUGCUGCUAGGUCGGUCUACAUGUAACCUACAGAUCAGGGGCCGGUUUCACAAAGCCUUUUUUCAAUGACAAAUGAAAAAUAUCAGUGACAAAUCUGCUGAUAACCAAUCAGAAGCAAGGAUUUCAGUAGCUUAUAACAAAAACUGUCAUUUGUCACUGAUGACAAGUUUUGUGAAACGCCCUCCUGUGUUAUUGAUAUGGCAAAGUAGCCUGUCACAGGUUUUGUCUCCUAAUUGCCCAUGUUCUUAUAUAUUCCAUUCAUAAAUUGCAAAGGAUUGAACACAUCCCUAGGUAAAUUCAGUUAUCAAAACUUAUCUCUUUUUCGUUCACUUUGAAAUAGUAUGGUAAUUAUCAUGGUACAUGUAUGUGCAACACAUGACAUCUUCUUGGUGAAAUUCUGUAAAGAAUGUUUGUUUUCAUUUGCUCAUCAGCGAGUCUUUAUACACAUGAUUUGUUUCAGGAUUGGGUAUACAGUGUAUGUCUGGGAUUGGUAUUGAAAAUUGAUGUUGUGUUGACGGCAAUAAUAGUUUCUCAGGCAUUGAAUUCUUUUAAAUAAUUAUAAUUAUUAUUAUUAAGUAUUUUGGUGUCACCUGUGCCUGGGAGGAAAAAAAGUGAACUGAAUCACUGACCCUCUGUCUCUCCAAAUAUAAAUGAUUGGGGUUGUGCGGGUGGACCACUACACUGGGGUUUCCCCCUACUCUUAUUCAAAUAGUGCAGUGGGUUCUUAAUGUGGAAAGGUAGUGACUCUCCUCUACAUGGAGCCUCUCUUUAAUGUCCUAUCCGAGGGACAGAGUGUUACAUAAAUUAACAUAGCAUGUGUCUUUGAAAUAGGGGAGGGGCACAUUUACACACAACACAGGCUGCAGUCAUUUACCUGGUUUAGACCUGAACCGAUGACUUUUUGUUCAACAUGGAGGCGCUUUUACUGACUGAGCUAACUUGCUUCCUUUGAGUUUUGUAUACUUAUGCCUUAUCCUCAAUGUUAAAGAAAUGUGAAAUUACAUUUCAUUAUAAAAUGCUAGACAUUAUUAUGGCUAACCUCUCAAUAGCUUAGAUCAUGCAAAUAUUUUAGAAUUUGCUAUUUCCUAUGCUUUUCUUUGUGGUGUGGAAGUGUAUAUGGAAUGGGGUAGGGGAAAUAAAUAAAGAAAACUAAUAGGUAAUUGAACAAGGUACAUUUUAGCUAAAGCUAUUAAAGUUAAAAAGUGCUACCAGCGAGUCAGAGACUUGACAUUUUCUUUUUUUGGUUCAUCGUAUUAGCUUGUUCCAUCAUUUGAGUUAUUUUGAGAUAUACAUUGAGAGCUAGGGUAUGCAUUUGCUGUAUUAUUUAAGGUUAUCUUGCUUAAGGGAGUACUGUAUUGUUGGCACAAAAAUUCUAGAAUCCAAGGUCUUGGACAUGUAUUUAUAAAAUUUGGUAAAAGUAUGAUUUAUCAUA